AUGCUCACAUUUCGCCUCCGUCGCGUGCAAGUCGAGCUCCAGUCGCACCGGAAGUGGCUGAAAACUUUCCAUGCCGGGUCGGUAGACCAUCACGGGCGAGCUGAAGCCGCAUCUUCGACCUCGAGAAGUUUCUCUAGCAGCCAUGGAUACACCUACCGAUAUGGACAGACCCAAGAUCCUGCGCCUGCGCCCGAGCAGACCCGCUAUGUCUCCCCGGCGAAGCAGCGAAAGCAGGAGCGUAAAAUCAAUCGUCAGUUGGGACGGAGUCAAAGUCAUUCGAAGGAGCGGACGGUGAACCUUGGAGCACUUGCAACGCGGUCCGAGCUGUUCGAGGCCGUCGACAGAACCGACAUUGUUGGUGUGAUGAGUGCCUAUCACCGGCUGCCUGAGAAAAAGCCUCUGUCCUCGGACGACUUCUACAAAGUAGCACAAUGCGCACAUCAGGCUCUCAGGCUAGAGAACCAGAAGCCUCCCCACACCAAACGACGAGAAGAGACAGAGCAGAUUGUAGCAUUUGCMGAGCUACUUGCUAGGGAUAUAGGCAGAGGAGACCUUGUGCCUAGUACCGCUGCGCACGUGCACCUGAUGGGAUUGUUCAAAGAGUCUGGCGCCAAAGACGCGGGUUUGAAGUUCUGGAACUGGCUGCAAACACAAGACUGGUCAGACGAGCACGUUAGUGCAGAAGUCUACGCCGUAGCGGUUGAUUUCCUGGCUGUUAACGGCUUUCCGCUGGAGGAUCUCGAGGACCUAUACCAAAGAGCACUGGUACGGUUUCCUGGCUCCUUCAAUGCAUACCACCUGUCACCAGAAGCAAUUGUGUCUGAUCGGGAGAAAGCUAUAUCCAUCAAGGGCAUUCCCAUGGCCCUUCUGCAGUCCAUCAUACUUGCGCGGCUCUUACGAGGUGAGUCGCAAAAGGCAUAUCUCGGACUGGAUACUGCUCUGCGUCUCUUUCCUACUGCUAUCCCACAACGUGCGCUGCGGACUUUCUUAGAUGAGCGRCCAAUAUCCGAAUCGUAUACUGUCUUCGCAAUGGUGUAUCGUGCGGGUAUGCAUCUUCCUGGACUGCCUUUCAAGGCCUUUCUUUCCAAGCUGCGCACCACGGCAGAUUCUAGAUCAGCUGCAUCUCAUUUCUGCUCGGUCCGCGCCAUGCUAUCGAUCAUGUAUCUGCACCUCGGAGCUUCGGGCAGUCUUGCAUCGAACACUGUAGGCGAGCUAGUCAUUGCCAUGACCCAGAUUCUGCGUUUGCCUGAAUUCGAUGCCAUGGAGCGAAAACAGCGCGGCGAGGUGGUUGACUCGGUGUUGGAAAUCGUGAGGAAGACCUGGGCGGUGUUUGCUCGCUACGGUGCAGUUCCCACCCUGUCAUCGUUCAACUCAGUGAUCGCGAAUGUUGCAUGCUAUGGUCGUCUGAAAUCAGUUGUAGGUAUCGUGCUGGCAGACAUGAAGGCACUUGGCCUGGAGCCGAACGACAUUACGCGACGCUCCAUCAUGAAAGUUGGAACCGUCGUACACGACAAAGAAUUCGUGACCAAGGCGUGGAAGACCAUUGUGGACGCACGAGCGGCGAAGGACCAGAGACCCGACCUGAUUGAUUUGAAUGUUUUCAUAAAAGCCGCCAGGCUCUCGGACAUGUCUGACUUCGCGGCUCAGGAAGCCCAAAAGUACCGAUUCUACUUACCAAAGAAUAGCCAAAGUUCGGUUGACUACUAUCUCACCAAGCCGCUGGAAGGGGCGUCUCAAAUACAGAAGGUCGAGGGAUACGCAGAAGAUGUUGUCGAAGGUCUUGCGAAGCUUCGUGCGGACUUGGACGUUCUUGAUGAGCGGACGCGGGAAAAUCCCAGAGUACAAGACUUCAGUAACCAGACUCUGCCCACUAUGCUUGUCAAGCCCCCUGUCGUUCUGGCGAUUGAUGAUCAGGCGAUGCGCGCAAUCUACGAUGAAUUCACCACGGAGCCAGUCACUAGAACGACGGAAAUCUCUGCAGAGGAGCCUUCCAAUGCAGAGAACACGCAAGACGCGACGGAAGACAUCGCACUUCCCAGGAGUGCAACGAAUCUCACAUUCGGCACCCUACGAUACGAGAGCUGGAAGUGCGUCAACAGUCUGCUUUGGCUCGCUGAGAAGCAUGACAAGGAGUAUGAAGCUGCUGUUGAUGAGGCCAUUGCGGCUGGAACGAAACCCCCAACGCGUGAGAUGGGUCUUGGAAAGGCUGAGCAAGACGAGCUGGACUCUUUCGGCUUAAGUGAUUCUACGGACUCUAAUGUUACGCCGCAAAAAAGUGAUGCUGCUGCUGUGGAAGCUGCUCGUAAAGAGAUCGCGCGGCUUCGUGGUAGGCUUGCUGUGUAG